CGGCGGAGCGCACCCGCCGGUCGCAGAGAAAAGCUGGAGGCGGCGGCCGCACGGGCUCCGCUCGGGCCCCGCUGCCUCCCGCACGCGCCCGGCUUCAUGUGACCCCCUCCCCCUCUGCCUCUCUCCUCAGCCCGCCGCGGCCGCCGCGCGCCUCCUCGCCAGCCCGCACUCUGCCCCGGGGGCGCACGGCCCGCCGCGCCGCUGCCCGCCUCGGGGGCCAGGGCGUCCGCUUCCCUCCCGCCUUCCCCCCUCAGCAUGAGCAGCCUGAAGCCGGACGUCGAGCUGGGCCCGGGCGCGGGCCCCGGCGGCCCCCUGGAGGAGGAGGUCCGGACACUGUUUGUCAGCGGCCUCCCUGUGGAUAUUAAACCUAGAGAACUCUACCUGCUCUUCCGGCCGUUCAAGGGCUAUGAAGGGUCCCUGAUCAAGCUCACCUCAAGACAGCCUGUUGGUUUUGUGAUAUUUGACAGCCGAGCAGGAGCAGAAGCAGCCAAAAAUGCGUUAAAUGGUAUUCGCUUUGAUCCAGAGAAUCCACAGACCCUGAGGCUAGAGUUUGCCAAAGCCAACACCAAGAUGGCCAAGAGCAAGCUAAUAGCAACACCAAAUCCCACCAGUGUUCAUCCUGCCCUAGGAGCACAUUUGAUUGCACGGGACCCUUAUGACCUGAUGGGGGCUGCUCUGAUCCCUGCAUCCCCAGAGGCCUGGGCCCCUUACCCUCUCUACACCACAGAGCUGACCCCAGCCAUUUCACAUACUACGUUCACCUACCCAGCUGCCACUGCUGCUGCUGCCGCCCUACAUGCUCAGGUCCGCUGGUACCCCUCCUCUGAUAACACUCAGCAAGGAUGGAAGUAUCGCCAGUUCUGUUAGCUCCUCAGUCUUGUCACCCUGGAGGAGGUCCUGGGCUGUGUGGGCCAAAACAGGGCUCUGCUCUCACUGCCACCUGAGGCCUGUGUGGAACUGCUGCUUCCUUCUAGAAACUGUGAAUCUGAAGCCUGACUCAGUGGAUGGCUCUUGUUUCCUUCAAGGCCUCCCAGGAGGAUCGGGAGGCCUUCUUACUGGGAUAGCUAAGCCCAGCUUGCAGGCCUCAUUGGGACCCAGCACAGCCUGACCUGCUCAAAGUUGUUUCUGUAGUUCCCCAUCAAGGAAAAGGGACAUUUAAUUUUGCAUGUUUAUGAAUUGUGACACUUAAACUUGUGCAUAUGUGUGCACAGUUUGUUCCCACACUGUUGGCAUAGCAACAGGUCUUGGCACUGGAGGCUUGUCAACCCUAGUCCCUCUCUCAACUCCUCACUCCUGCACCACCCUGCUUCAGGGGGGCCAUGUGGCCCAGGUCCUCACACACACACACUCACACUCACACACUUGCAGACUUCGUCCUCAUCCGGCAGCAGAUCCACAGCCUCCGACUUUCACUGUAAGUCAGAGUCCUGCAUUGUCCCCUUCUCCAGGCGACUGAUGAGUCUAAGAAGACUUCCUUGUGUUUCCGCCCCCAUGCACCGCACCCCGCCACUGCUCCUCAUUCUUCCUGAACCUCGAAACCAACCAAAACGUGAAAAGUAUUUUUGUACCCUAAGUAACAAAAUAUUUAUGGAUCAUAAAGGGUUUUUCAUGUGUUUACCAUUAAUUAUUGAAGAGACCUUGUUCAGCCUGUCAGAUGAGUUUAAUGUUUAGUUUGAAGCAUGAAGAAAAGGGUUUCCGUUCUUUAGCAGGCGGCCUUUAUGUCAGGCAUUGGCCCAAGAAGAAUGAGAUGAAGGAUGAAUUGUGCAAUUCUGUUUAAUUUUUACGAGCAUGUCCAUGCUUUACCUUUAACCUCGGCUCGGAUGUCUGGCCACUUUAGAUGUGGUCUGGAGGUGGCUGUUAUAAUUGCUGACCCUGUAAGAAUGUGAAACUGGAUCAUAAAUGAAAUGCAGAAUAAAAACCUGAAGUGAC